AUGUCGAACCCUUUGCGACCACUGUUGCCCAACUCUCCCAAUCCUCCUCGACCCGAAACCUCCUUACAGUCCCAACACCGCCCCAAGAGAAUAGCCACCCCGGCAGCUUGUGAAGCAUGCCGAAGAAGAAAGAGCAAGUGUAGUGCUGAGCGGCCACGAUGCUCUGUCUGCAUAGAAAGACAAACUCCAUGCGAAUAUACAACUCUCCCGACAGAAACCCACCUCAGAGCGCAAAAGCGUAAAUUAAGCGGCCUGGAGAUCAGAUGUCAAGCAUAUGAGGAUCUUGUUGGCAUCCUCCGGUCUCGUCCCGAGGAAGAGAUUGCUCAUGUCAUUCAAAGGCUUCGGACGGGUGAAAAUGUCCAGGCCAUUGUAAAGACAGUUCAGGACGGCGAUCUCCUACUCCAGCUUUCGUUCAAGCCAGAGCUUCGAUUCCGGUAUGAGUUCCCCUACAAUCGGGAGAUGCCACACCAUUUGAAGGAAUCGCAAAAUCCAUACAUCCAAUCUCUCCUGUACGAAAGGACAGUUACACAAACGGUUCAACCGCCAAUGUACAUCGAAACGUUGAGGGACAUCUCGGACGAAUCUCAAAAAAUGUACCUUGCGCCAUACCACACCGUCGAAUUCCAUGAUUCUCGAAUAUCAUCCAUAUCCGUGUCGAAAUGGACGGCCGUUUCCUCAGACAACCCAAUGUUGCGUAUGCUCUUGCAGAUAUACUUUAUCUUCGAGUUCCCCUCCCACUCAUGCUUCCACAAGGACUAUUUUCUCGAGGAUAUGUUUGUUGGUAUAAACCGAUUCUGCUCGCCUUUGCUGGUGAACUCUAUCCUUGCUAUCGCAUCGGUACAUGGAUAUACUCGGAUGAAAAACAGGGCCGAGUAUUGGCAACCAGAUAAUCUUGCGUAUCGAUUCCUCUCCGAAGCCCUCAGACUCUUCGAACUAGAACAAGCGAAUCCAACGAUCACCACAAUCCAAGCGGCGGCUAUCAUCAGCAUGGCACAUAAUUUCAAUGGUGUUGAUGAGCUAGGCUGGGGUUAUACACACAAGUCUCUUGAGAUGGCCCGGAGGAUGUCUCUUUUCUCGACGAGCCUCGACGAGAGCACGGAAUGGCAGGUGGUAGCGGGAGUAACGGCUUGGUGCCUGUUCAACUUGCAAGCACUCGCAACCUUCCACACAUUCAAACUACCGAUCAUAAUAGAUCCGCCAAAUCGACCACUUCCCGAUGCCGAUGAAGAACCUGCGUAUUACGGAGAAAUACUCGUAAAAUAUCCUCUCGGGCAAGAGCCAAUACGCGUACAUUACGGCUCGAUGUUCAAGGCCGUCUCCCAAUUUCGUAUCAUUCUGAACGAAAUUACGAAAGCGUCUUUCAGCUUUUCUCGGACAUAUAGCCCGAUAUCAUUGGAAGCUGCCAUAAGAUUUAGAUCAAGGCUUCUUACUUGGUAUGAAGACUUACCAGAGCCGCUCCAAGCUCGCCAUAUCGUGUUACCUUGCCACCUCAAGAUACAUAUUCACUAUCAUAUUCUACUUAUCAGUCUUUUCGAGCCACAUCUGCAAAUAGAUGAUGUACACGACGGGGUAGACCCGGGUAUGAUUGUCGCCCACUCCAAAAAUUGCUUUGAAACUCUCAUUAGAGUCUACUAUCUACGGCACGGGUUCGAAAGUCUGGAUACUGCCCUCGUCCAAUUCUUGCAUCUGUUGGGGUUCAGUGCUCUAAGAGACAGCUCAGCAACCGAAAACGACCCAGCGACACGUGAGGCCGUACGAUCUACACUUAUGCUUUGUGCUAAAGGGCUAUGGGAACAGGGUCAGAACUACUACCUAUCAGAGGCAAUCUUCCGUAUGUUCAGGCAAUCCAUGAGCACAGAAGACGUCGCCACCCUUAGAGAAAUCAUCGAGGUCGAUGAUGGCCAUGGUCCGCUAAAUCUCAUGGCCCAGGAAUUACGGUCUCGGUGGCCCAUCGGGAUCUUUAGUAUGACAGAUUACAACAAGGAUUGCACACUCGACCACUUCACCCACUGGUGGCAGCAAUACUUACAGGAAAGACCCCAGGAAGUUUCCUCGAUGGAACAAGACGGGUCUAUUGUCCCGCCGCGAUAUCCCCAGCACUACGACAUAGGGGCGAGAAAAUCACGCGAGGAGAUUUCGAAAUAG